AUAAUAAUGAUUAUCUUCUUAUAAUGCAAUACGCUAAUGAUGGUGAUCUUCAAAAUUAUCUUGAAAAGAAUUUUAAAAAUUUAACUUGGAAUUAUAAGAAGAAAUUAGCAUUUCAAAUUGCUAAAGGUUUAAUUUAUUUACAUAAUGAAAAUAUUUUGCAUAGAGAUCUUAAUAUAGUAAUUCAUAAUGGUAAUGCUAAAAUUACCGAUUUUGGUCUUUCAAAAAAUAUGAAUUCACAAAAUUCUACUAUUCAUAUUGGAACUUUUGGUAGAAUUCCAUAUGUGGAUCCAAAAAAACUUUUGGAUUUAAAUUUUCAGUAUGAAAAAGCUUCAGAUAUUUACAGUUAUGGUGUAUUAAUGUGGGAAAUCUCUAGUGGAAUUCCUCCAUUUAAAAAGUUUACUAGUAAAUGUGAUCAGGAGUUACUUUAUUUUAAUAUUCCUAAAGGAUUCCGUGAAAAUAAUAUAAAAGGAACACCUGAAGAUUAUAGGGAUCUUUAUGAAAAAUGUUGGGAUUCUAUACCUGAUAAUCGGCCUAGCAUUAAAAAAGUUUUAGAAGAGUUUAAAAAAAUGGGGUAUGGAAUAGAUGAAAAAGAUGAAGAAGAUAAUUCAACUUAUGAAGUAUUGCAUAAACAGAAGAAAUAUCAAAAGCUCGAAGGACAUCGUCGCAUCGUCGGCAUUUAUCUGAAUAAUGGAACCUUACUUCUCAAAGUAUGCAAUGCUUCACCACUUCAACUUUCUGGCAAAAAUGAACCCCAGUUCAAAGUAUGCGAUGAAUACGGUGGCACACUACCAGACUUACUCACUGUGAAGUUAACACUGAUCCUAUCGGACCUGGAGAGUAAACGUUCGAGGUUACCAUAUCAUAGAAGAAUUAUGAUAUCGUAG